AUCCGUGGAGCAACAGCGGUGGCAGCCAUGUCGCUACGAGCUGUCAGAAUCGGUCGGUUGUACAGAGAGACGAGAGUAUAUAACCUAUAUCCGAAACGCCGCGGCGCUGUUACGUUCUCCGUGCCUCCUCCCCGGCGGGUGGCGGCCGCACCUCCUCCUUCUCGCCGAUUUUAAUCUCGUUAGCGGACACGUGCGCGCCCCCGCGCCUACAGACCGCUAUACGACGACGUACCGUGUCGGGGCUUCGCCAAUCUGGUUUGGUCUAACAGGAUUCUCGAGCGACCGAGGGUUGAUAAAAGGCUGCGUACUGAGCGGGCGCGGCGCGAAUCGCAGGAGGAGUUGCUCCGUUCGAGGUGGUGUGAGCGCUCCGUGCAACCAGCGGCAAUAACAGCAGACGACCUCGUAUCAUCGUCUUCUAUUCUGUCGCCCCCGGUUCGUUGUUUCCGUCUACGUUCUCCUUGUAAUCUUGUCCUGUCGUUUGGCAUACGUCGCUGUCGCGAAUAGAGGUUGCGUGUGUGCGCACACGGUGCAUAUUCAGUGUGAAUCUAUCUCGUCGCGUGUGCGAUAUAGAAAGAGUACGCUAGAGAUAGAAAGAGAGAGGGAGAGAGAGAGAGCGAGAGUGAGUGAAUCGAAGAAAAAAGGAGAGAGACAGGGAACGAGAAAGAAACAGAGAGGGGGUGAGAGAGAGAGAAAGAUAGGGCGAACGCGAGAGAAGGAAAGAGAUAGAGCGCCGGUGGGUUACCACACCCAACCGCGCCGGGAACCGAGUGAACGAGCCGUACGAGAGAGCUGUCUCGCGAGUAGUACGCGGGUACAGCGAGGGACCUAGGGACCGACGAUCGAGAUUCGACAAAGUAGAGUCGGGACUCUUUAGAUCUCGAUCCAACGGACCUCGCUCUCGCGAAAUUUGUCUACUCGCCGAAAUCGUGGGUCGCGAGUAAAGGCUAAACGCUUAACGUGUGUGCGCGCGUGUCUCCUCUCCGCGAGUGCGUUUCACGUUUCCGUUGCGAAAACGUGCGUGGCUGGGUAUACAUACGUCGGGAAAGUUAUAGAAGAAAGAUAAGGAUAAGGUAAUAGAGGAAAGUAACGGAAAAGCUAAAUAAGAGGCGAGAACGAGAGGGCAGAGACAAGCUGCCGGCCGAGAUUCGUGCGUGUGCGUACAUGUGUUGAUGUGUCGCUGGCGUCGUCGAGCCCUGCCAAGAGUGCUCCGUCGCCGCGUGUGUCGACUAAGUUGAGAAUACGAGGAUCCGUCGAGUCCACGUUUACGUCUAACGUCGUCAUUCUCGUACACGUCGCCGUGGACAAGUGGUUUGUGAAGCGUGCUAGUGGCGGUUAGUGUUGGUGCGGACGAUCGGAAAUUUCGUCGGUUUCGCCAGGACGAGAGGAAAGAAAGACGAGAAAGAAACCACGAGGACAGCGACGAGAGAUCGUCGCUUGCUCGCGGUGGCUCGAUAAUAUCGGCCCGACGACGAUACUGUGCCCCGUCGAGCCCGCUGCUGUCCACAACAAACCUCGUCGCUCGGCAAUCCCUCGCUACCACCGCAAAUCGCUUCUUCCCUCUCUCCCUUCCUCCCUCCUCCCUCUCCCUCCUCCUUUUCCUUUUCCUCCUCCUCUUCCUUCUCAUUUUUCUCCUCUCUUCCUCCUCUAUCCGUCGAGGAUCCUGCCGUCCUGAGCCAUGGCGUGCUGCCUGUCGGAAGAGGCGAAGGAGCAGAAACGUAUCAAUCAGGAGAUUGAGCGGCAACUACGAAAGGACAAGCGUGAUGCCAGGCGGGAACUUAAGCUGCUUCUUUUGGGUACUGGUGAAUCCGGCAAAUCCACCUUUAUCAAACAGAUGAGAAUUAUCCACGGAUCCGGCUACUCCGACGAUGACAAGAGGGGGUUCAUUAAACUCGUGUACCAAAACAUUUUCAUGGCUAUGCAGUCCAUGAUUCGAGCGAUGGACCUUCUCAAGAUCGAGUACGGCGACUCGUCGAGUGUGGAAAAAGCAGAGCUCGUACGUGUCGUGGAUUUCGAAACGGUUACAACGUUUGAAAGUCCAUAUGUAGAGGCAAUCAAGGAUUUAUGGGCAGAUGCUGGCAUCCAGGAGUGUUACGAUCGCAGGCGAGAAUAUCAACUCACAGACUCCGCUAAAUAUUACCUAAUGGAGAUAGAUCGAGUCGCGGCACCAAACUACCUCCCCACAGAACAGGACAUUCUUCGUGUGAGAGUGCCCACUACUGGUAUAAUUGAAUAUCCUUUUGACUUGGAAGAGAUUCGAUUUAGUUAUCUUAGUGACCUAGAACGUAUCGAAAAGCCCGACUUCCUUCCUACUGAACAAGACAUUCUUCGGGCUCGAGCUCCUACGACUGGCAUUAUAGAAUAUCCGUUUGAUCUGGACUCCAUCAUAUUUAGGAUGGUAGAUGUUGGUGGACAGAGAUCGGAAAGAAGAAAGUGGAUUCAUUGUUUCGAGAAUGUCACAUCAAUUAUCUUUCUAGUAGCUUUAAGUGAAUAUGAUCAAAUCUUGUUUGAGUCGGAAAAUGAGAAUCGAAUGGAAGAAAGUAAGGCAUUGUUCAAAACAAUUAUUACAUAUCCUUGGUUUCAACACUCCUCCGUUAUUCUGUUCCUAAACAAAAAAGAUCUACUCGAAGAGAAGAUUAUGUAUUCUCAUCUUGUUGACUAUUUUCCUGAAUACGACGGGCAACCCAGAGAUGCCAUGGCUGCUAGAGAAUUCAUUUUAAGGAUGUUUGUCGAUUUGAAUCCAGAUACGGAGAAGAUAAUUUAUUCACACUUUACGUGUGCCACAGAUACAGAAAACAUCAGAUUUGUAUUUGCAGCGGUGAAGGAUACCAUUCUACAAUCUAACUUAAAAGAAUACAAUCUGGUUUAGAUGGCAAUACGUAAAACUCAGAAUGGACUCAAGAAUUUUUCUUAUAGCCUGACCAAGGUGUCAGUGUGAACUCUGUUUAGCUACAAAUGGGAAGAAUAAGAGAAAGGCAGAAAAAUAAACAAUAACUUGUGGUGCCAUCAGCAUACCGUCGCUGCUCCAUUACAAGUGUACCAACUAUCGAUUAGUAAAAUUUAUGGCAGAGGUAACAGCGAUGAGAGAACAUGGACCUAAAUCAGAGCGUUAUACGUUCUUUCCUAACCUUUUCACUGUCAAUACCAACAAAUUGAUUUAGUUUCAUACUCUAUUUGUUGAAUUUGUUACCUUUUUAUAGAUUAGUUUAGUCAAUCAUGCCUGGCUGACUGCGUAAUCAUCUGAUUUUUAUAUAACAAUACCACAAGCAACACGUAAAUAAACGUAUAAGAUAGAGUGCAGCCAUGCCAUACAAUGUCUGUCCAAGUGUAUAUCUCAAAUCGAGAGAUCUCAGCAAGAAACCGAAGCGAAGAAGGACAAAUGCUUUUCAAUCACAAGUAGUCGGUGACACAAGUGAGAGCAAUUCUAGUGCCAUUUACUAGUGUGGUGUUUUUAUUCCAGUCCCUUCUUAGAUGCAAAAGCCAAAGUGUUUUUUUUAUCUGUGCCAGAAGCGAGUAAAAGUUUUUUCUGCAUGUGACUCAAAUUCAUAAUUCAUCAUAUAAAUAUUGUUAUAUAUAAUAUAUGAAAUAAAACAUAGGUUAGCAUCAAAGAGAGCAAGAUAAAACCAGCAAGAAGGAAAUUUUACCCCUCUUCAAUAUUAAGAAAUUAUUAGAAAACGACAUCUGUUCGAUGUGACUUUAGGUAAUUAGGAGGUGAGAGGUUUCCAAAUUACUCUGAAAUCUCUCUCCUCCAUAGGCUGUGUACAGAAUGUGAGGGCUGCGAUCUCAUGCCAUACAACUAUAAUCUUACGAUUUAUAAGUGACAUAAGAAUCUUAAUCAUAACGAUGGCUUUCCUUUCAUCCAGCCCUCGCUUGUUGGCACAGCAUUGCGUAGCAAGGGACAUUGUUCGAGAACGCAUGCCCCUAGCACGCAUUGUAUCCACAUUACAGUGUAUGUAUGUAUGACCUGCUCACUGCCUGCGCUCGCUCAUGGUAGCUAGCGCGCUGCCCAUUGCUCGUAUUCUCUAAUGGAUCGACUAACUACUGUUUCUGCCACCUUUCGGCUGUUCUAUCGUAGGAACAUUUGUACGAAGGUGAUGGAAACUGCUUUAUGUGUACCUAGAGAGUACUUGCACGAUAAACUUCACGGUGAUGAUCAGAUUGGUAAAGCAGAGUGUGACAUUUUGACGUGUUUGAGUCCAAAUGUCUAACUCUGACAGUGCUAACACUGCACACACACUGGGCAGCAUAUGUCAUACCUACUUUGGUUGAAACACUGGGUUUAUAUGAAAGAAAAAAAUAUAUAUAAAUACAUUGGAUAAAAUAUAAUAUUAAGAGAUAAUAACAAAUAAUAUUGAAUAAUAAUAAUAAUAAUAAUAUUAAUAAUAGUAAUAAUAAUAAUAUUAAUAAUAAUAAUAAUAAUAAUAAUAAUAAUAAUAAUACUGCUUGGUUUUCAGUGAGAGUGUGUGAUUAAAAUGAACGGAUGGUAGCGCGGGAGGAGAAAUAAAUGUGUAUUUCAAGUGCAAAACGAUGCUAACGUGAAAAAAUGAUCGUGCGGGUGAGAGGGAGAGAAAGAGGGUGAGAGAGAGAGGGUGGGAGUGAAAACGAACUUAGAGAGAAUGAACUUAAUAUGGAGUAUGCGUGAAACAUUUUAAUAAAAGAUAAAAAAUCGGUUGAGUCAAACAGGCGUUCUAUUGCCUGAUUUGAGAAUGAACGAGUGAUGUGCAAAUUUGUGGCUAUAGUUCAUUUGUAAAUCAUUUUUUGUCAAAAGUAUACAUUUUUCUGAAAGCAUAAUAUGUUGGGUAUUCUUUCUGUGUGUAUAAAAUGUAAACACCUACCAAGCCCAAAAUGAAAUCAAUGUUUCUAACUUAUUUAUAAUAAAUAAUAUACAUUAAUGAUAAAAAUAAACGCAGUUUGUGACAGUAGUAUUGACGCAUGGUACAACAUUCACCUUGUAUACAUAUUUACCUCAGAACAUGAUAAUCCUUGUAUACAGCAAUAAUCCUUAAUCCUAUUUAUAUGAUUUGGAAAAAAAAUGCACGAUUAAUUUUAUUUUGUAAAAGGAAUUACGUGAAAGUAAUUUAUCUUAGUUUUUAUUUUGUUUUCAUUAUGUAAAAAUUGUUAUAUUUUAUGGGAGAAAUAUAUUUUCAUUUGAUGGUA